GGAGAAGCCGCCGACUCCGCAUCAUCUGUCAUUACUGUCAACUCUCCAACACAACCACAAAGCGCUCUUUCCUCUGAUCCAGUCCGCAUAGCCUACCCCCUGCCCGUGCUGCAUCUAUCGUCUCCAAUUUCUAUCGACCCACAAACCAGGAAUGUAAAUACUAGCCAUAACCCCUCCUCACUCCAAUCACCAUGGCAUUCGCAGCGAUCCGCAGCUCUUUCCCCUCACCGACCCGGUUCAUACGACCAACAACGGUGAUGUCGCAGCAAAUACGGCAUCAGGCCCAGAUUCGCCAUGUUUCAUUCUCUUCAUACCUCGUAUCUCCGAAUGAAUUGUCGGAAGCGCUGAAGAAGAACCCAUCCACGAAGAUCUCGACAUCGCCUCGUGUAAUUCCCCUAUGUGCGGCUUGGUUCAUGCCCAAUGACCCUGAGGGUCGCACAGGAAUUGAUGUUUUCCGUAAACAUCGCGUGCCACAAGCUCGUUUCUUUGAUUUGGAUGCGAUCAAGGACACCGAAUCCCCUUACCCGCAUAUGCUUCCCACCGCGGAGGCGUUUGCCGAUGCGAUGAGUGAACUGGGAAUCAGACGUGAUGAUGAGGUAGUAGUUUAUGAUACCGAGGAGCUUGGAAUCUUCAGCGCUCCCCGCGUCGGCUGGACCCUGAGAGUGUUUGGACACCCCAAAGUCCAUCUUCUUAACAACUACCGGCUGUGGGUGCGCGGUAACUACCCAACAGAGACUGGAGAGCCCCAGAAACCGGAAAAGUCCAGCUAUCCUGUUCCCACUUACGACUCGAAGCUUGUCAUUCCAUACCUUGAGCUGAAGGAGCUUGCAAAGGAGCAUCGCAAGGAGGGUGCAAAAGAGGUGGAGAUUCUGGACGCACGAUCCCAAGGGCGCUGGGCGGGAACUGAUCCUGAACCACGCCCGGGCCUAUCUUCUGGGCAUAUCCCUGGUUCUACAAGUCUGCCAUUCCAAGAGUUACUGGAUCCUGAGACGAAGACCUACCUUCCCCCGGAUGAGCUACGAAAGGUAUUUGAAUCGCGUGGACUGGACGAGAGCAAAUCUAUUAUCAGCUCUUGCGGUACCGGCGUUACAGCCACAAUCAUCGAGACAGCGUUGGGGCUGGCCGAAUUCGGUGACCCCAGUAUUCACAGAGUAUAUGAUGGAAGCUGGACGGAAUGGGCGCAGCGUGUGAAGCCAGCCGAUGGAUUAAUCAAGAAAACCAAUUAAGUCAGACAAAUAGCGGCGGAACUAAUACGUCUCGCUCGUCUCUUUUCCUGAAUGCUUAUCGAGGUUGAUGCUUGGGGGCAGAUGAAUGAUUGACUCCCUAGUGUAUGGACUGUGAACUGUGUCAUUGUUUCUAUUCUCAUAGAGUAUAAUCACGGAUAACCCAAUAGAUGUAUUUGAUGAGCAAUAUUCAUCAUUUUUUAGACAUUGUUACAGGAUGGUUUCAAUAAAGAACUUCACAGACU